AUGGCUAAUCUUGGAGGAGACAAGAAGUCUUCCCCACACAGAUGUGGCCUAGCCUCUUCAAAACUCUUCAAGCUCCACUUCUCAACCUGCACAUCUUCAAACCUCAGAAACCCUAGCCCCAUCUCCACUUCUCCAACAGAGAUCUCACCUCCUCCGCUUCCCCCUCCACCUCCGCCACACCUCCGCCUCCCCUCCGCUACCCCCUCCACCUCCGCCACACCUCCGCUACCACCUCCACCUCCGCUACCACCUCCACCUCCGCUACCCCCUCCACCUCCGCUACCCCCUCCACCCCCGCCGCACCUCCGCUACCCCCUCCACCUCCGCCGCACCUCCGCUACCCCCUCCACCUCCGUCGUUCACCCAUCUCCACCUCUGCCGUCGCGUUUUCCCCUCAACUGCUGCCUUCGUUCACCCAUCUCCACCUCUGCCAUCUCCGUCGACAAACUCCUCAGUCUUCUUCUUGCAGAGUGUAGAGGUUUGGUCCACCUCUUCUGGUUCAGAUGUCUACAGAUGUGGUCCGCAGACUGCAGACAUUUUACCUCUGAAAAAACAAACAGCACCUUAAUCUCUUAUGAAAAGAAAAGGAAAGAAAAGUGUUUUGAAAAGAUAAGGACGUGUACUUUGCAAGAAUAUGUGCCUCUCGAGUCUCCACUCUCGUAUGCAGUAUGCAGUGACGGAUCCAGCCUUGUUUUGUGGGUUUACAUAAACUCCCUCGGUUUGGAAAUUGAUGGAAAAAAGUAAUGAAAAUCUUGUAUGAUUUGAAAAAAAAAAAAACGAGCUAGAAUCUACCAAAACAAACCCAUUGAAAAAAGUUUCUGGAUCCACUACUGCUCAUAUGCCCAAUAUCCCAAUAUUAUGCUAAUUCAUAAGCCGCACUCCACGGUUGCCCAUUAACAUGAACAAUAUAAGAUAUACUCUUAAAUUAAACAUUUUAAGUUCUAUAAGAGUUGAUUUACUCAAUCA